AUGCUAAUACAAAUUAAUCCUUAUGUACAUUCACUACAAAUACUUAAAGAUAAUCCUUCAGAUACUGCAUUUUUAGAACUUCAAGAAAAUACCUCAACUGGAGAAAUAGCUGCUAUUAUGCAUGCUAAUAAUAUUAUAAGUAUACAACCACGAAGCAUUAUUAUCUGGCAUUAUUCAAAUUUGAUACCCAAAUUUGUGAAUAUUCUUAGUUCACAAUAUGAACCACUACAAUACCCAUUACUCUUUUCUCAUGGAACACUGGGAUG